CUGCUUCACUCGCUCCGCACUGUCGCGAUUUCCUCUGACGUCGACGUCGCCUCGGGGAUGGAAGAUGAGGAGGAGAGGAGAAUAUGGGGGGAGGAGUUACGUAGGGAGGGCAGAGCGGGAGAGGUGAACGUACGGUAGCUCGGUGACUUUUGCGAAAGGGUUGAAGGAUGGAGAGCCGGUUCGAUACGCCGGCGAUGAAGAGGACCAGCGACUGGGUCCUUUCACAAGAAUAUCCGAGCGAUAUUACCAUCCAGGUCGGGGAGGCGACCUUCAACUUGCACAAGCUCCCGCUGGCGUCUCGGUGCGGCUACAUACGGAAGCAGGUGUCGGGGAUCAACGGCUCCAAGUUCACCACCCACAUCGACCUCACGGGCAUGCCGGGCGGCUCCAGGGCGUUCGAGCUCGUCACAAAGUUCUGCUACGGCGAGAAUUUGGAGAUCACCGAGGACAACGUCGCGAUGCUGCGGUGCGCCGCCGAGCACCUGGAGAUGACCGACGACAGCAACGGUGGGAACCUGGUCGGCAGGGCGGAGGCCUACCUUGAGGCCGUGGCGCUGAUGAGCCUCGCCGGCGCGGUCACCGUGCUCCGCAAGUCCGAGGAGCUCCUCCCGGUGGCCGAGGAGGUGGACCUCGUCGGCCGGUGCAUCGACGCCAUCGCCCACAUCACCUGCAACAACAGCCAGUUCAGCGCGGCGCUGGGAUCCACGGCCGGCGGCUACAACAGCGUGAGCGUGUCGAAGGCCGUUGACGCCUGGUGGGCCGACGAGCUCACGUCGCUGCGGAUCGACACGUUCCAGAGAGUCCUGAUUGCGAUGAAGGCGAGGGGGUUCAAGGGAAUUGCCUUGGGGACCCUGAUCAUGCUCUAUGCCCAGAAGUCUCUGCGAAGACUGGACAUGCAUGGCAGAGACAAGAAGAAGAUGGACCCGAGGCAAGAGCACGAGAAGCGGGUGGUCCUCGAGACGAUCGUGAGCCUGCUGCCCAAGGAGAAGAACUCCAUGUCCGUGAGCUUCCUGUCGAUGCUGCUGCGGGCGGCGCUCCACCUGGACACGACGCUGGCGUGCCGGCUCGACCUCGAGAAGCGGAUGUCCUCGCAGCUCGGGCAGGCCGUGCUCGACGACCUCCUCAUCCCGUCCUCCUCGCUGGACGCCGGCACAACGUUCGACGUCGACGCGGUGCAGAGGAUCCUGGCCGGGUACCUUGAGCACGAGAGCGAGGCGGCCCAGCUGGACUACAACACCGACGACGACUUCAUCUCGGCGGCGUCGCCGCCCAACGACGUCGGCAUGGUCGGCAGGCUCAUGGAGGCGUACCUGGCUGAGAUCGCAUCGGACGCGAACCUGCCCAUCGACAAGUUCACCGGCCUCGCCGAGAUGAUCCCGGAACGCGCUAGGUUUAACGAGGACGGCAUGUACCGCGCCAUCGACAUCUACCUCAAGGCGCAUCCGCAUCUGAGCGAGCCGGAGAGGAAGAAGGUGUGCAAGGCGAUGGACUGCCAGAAGCUGUCGCGGGAGGCGUGCGCGCACGCGGCGCAGAACGACCGGCUGCCGGUGCAGACGGUGGUUCAGGUCCUGUACCACGAGCAGCGGCGCCUGCGCGAGGCGCCCACCCACGCGCCGAGCGGUGCGUCGUCGUUCUACGGCGGCGAGUCCCCGCCCCCGUCGUUGCCGUACAAGCCGACGCCGAGCCUCAUGGGCCGGCACGCCCGGGGCGGCGCCGCGCCGGCGGAGGAGGUGUCGCAGCUGCAGCGGGAGAACGACGAGCUCAAGAUGGAGCUGCUGCGGCUGAAGAUGCGCCUGAGGGACCCGUCGGCGCCGCUCCCUCCGACCGGCGCCGCUCCGCCGCCGUCCGGGCGGCACUCGAUGCCGAAGAAGCCCGGCGCCGGCGGCGGAUUCAUGAACAACGUGUCCAAGAAGCUCGGGAAGCUGAACCCGUUCGUGCGGCACGACGCCAUGGGCGUCCCGAAGGUGCGCACGAAGCCGCCCAAGGAUCGGAGGCACUCGAUCGGCUGGUGAGGCGGCUUGUGUUCUUAUGGCCGCCGGCUUCUUCCGUCUUGAACCAUGACGGCAACUUCACUUGAACAACAAUGGCUCAGCUUUUGAGUUGUGUUUAGUAGAUACGAGUAUAGUAAUAUGUAGCAAUCUCACUUGGACAUAAAUACUAAGCAUGUUACCAUGUUAGGGAGCAUGGAUUUCAGUGGGCUGUAAAUCCUGCAUUGUACCUAAAUGUUACAGAGGAACUUCUGUGUAAAAUUUUGAAUUAAGCUUCAGUGCAAACAGUGCUCUGAGCUCUACGUACAAUGCUAACAGUGGUAUAAGCUGCUGAUGGAUC